CCACGUCCACACACUCUACAGACAGUCCCACUAUAGGAAAAAAAGAAGUCAAACUAUGAAGCUUUAGUUAAGUUAACAACAGCUGAAGAUUUGUGGCAGCCAGCUGAUGCCUGUAGCAUUGUGUUGGUUGUUUUUCCACUCAGCUCUGACGGAGUCGCUUUUGUGUGUCCAUGCGGGAUCCGAUACAGUUUUCUUGCCACGUUUUUUAAAAACGGAGUUGCAUCGAUCGACAUUGUUUUGAUUUUUUUUUUUUCUCCCUCCCUUCGUCGUUUUUCUGUCAGGACGGCGGGACUCGUGUUGUAGAGAGUUAGUUUUCUCAACUUAUUUCUCUUUGGGGGGGCGGUAUAGUUUGCAGAUACCAGAAUGCUGCCCCAGCUCCUCACAGUGGCCUGUGGUCUCUGCUGCUUUGGUUUUACCUCCGUCACUGCAAAUGUCCUAAAAGCCGAGGCUUGGCUGCAGAAGUUUGGCUACCUGCCUCCAGGUGAUGUCAGAGCCCAGGCCAUCCGCUCACCAAAGUCCAUUGAAACAGCGAUAGCAGCCAUGCAGAGUUUUUACGGUUUGACCGUCACCGGCUCCAUAGACUCCAACACGUUACAGGCGAUGAGCCGGCCGCGGUGUGGUGUCCCUGACAAGUUCGGCCCGGCGCUGAAAACUAACCUGAGGAGGAAGAGAUACGCUGUGCAGGGUCUGAAGUGGGACAAAUCUGAGGUGACCUUCAGCAUACAGAACUACACCCCUAAGGUCGGAGAACGAGCCACGAAUGAAGCCAUUCGAAAGGCCUUCCAGGUGUGGGAGAGCGCGAUCCCGCUCACCUUCAGGGAGAUCCCCUACAGCCACAUCAGAGGCAAGGUCGACAAGUACGCAGACAUCAUGCUCUCCUUCGCAGAGGGUUUCCACGGAGACAGCACACCGUUCGACGGCGAGGGCGGCUUCCUGGCUCAUGCUUACUUCCCGGGACAGGGCAUCGGGGGAGACACGCACUUUGACCUUGCUGAGCCAUGGACCACCGGGAAUGUCGACCAGGGAGGUAAUGAUGUUUUCCUGGUAGCCGUCCAUGAGUUGGGUCAUGCUCUGGGUCUGGAGCACUCCAACAACCCCUCUGCCAUCAUGGCCCCCUUCUACCAGUGGUUUGACACCGAAAACUUCCAGCUCCCUGACGAUGACCGCAGAGGCAUCCAGACAAUUUAUGGAACCAAGUCUGGCGCUCCCCCUCCUCCUCCCCGACCCACAAAGCCGUCCACCCCCGACAGGCCAGAUCACGGCCCAGACAUCUGUGAGGGACACUUUGACACCAUCGCUGUCCUCAGAGGGGAAAAGUUUGUAUUUAAGGACAAGUGGUUUUGGCGCGUGCGUAACAACAAGGUGUUGCCAGGUUACCCCAUGCCUAUCGGUCACUUCUGGAGGGGACUGCCUUCGAACAUCAACGCCGCCUACGAGAGGGAUGAUGGGAAAUUUGUCUUCUUCAAGGGUGACAAGUACUGGGUUUUCAGCGAGUCCAGCAUGGACAAGGAUUCUCCCAAGAGCCUGAAAGACCUGGGUACCGGUCUCCCCAAAGACAAGCUUGACGCCGCUCUUUUCUACACACCAACAGGACAGACGUACUUCUUCCGAGGCACUAAGUACUACCGAUUCAACGAGCAGACUCGCAACGUGGACAGCGGCUACCCAAAGCCCAUCAGCACGUGGAGCGGAGCGCCGGACAACAUCAAAGCUGCCAUCAUGAGUGAAGAUGGAUCUUACACGUAUUUCUACAAAGCCAACAAGUACUGGAAGUUCAACAACCAGUACCUGAAGGUGGAGUCUGGCUAUCCCAAGUCUGUGCUGAGUGACUGGAUGGGCUGCGAGAGCGAGGAGCCCAAGAAGGGUCGGGAAGAGGAGGUGAUCAUCAUCGAGGUGGACGAAUCGCAGUCCGGGGCCGGGCCGGUGGCCGUGGUGAUCCCUCUCCUGCUACUGGUGCUGGUGGUCGUCACUCUGGGAGCGCUUUUGUUCUUCAGGAAGUACGGCACGCCUCGACGCCUCCUCUACUGCCAGAGAUCCCUCCUGGACAAGGUGUAGACAAAGCGAUGGGUGAUUGACAGACUGCCACAGAGGGACAGAACGAGAGGGGGAGAGAGAACGAGGGGCCGGGUGAAGAUGGAAACGGAGAGGGGGGGAAGAAGUGAAAGAGGAGGAGAGAACUGGAGGAGGAAAAAGACAGAAGAAGUGGGGGAUAGAAAGGGGACGAUGUGUUAGGUUUUGGGUGGUUUGUAUGUGCCACAAAAGAGGGGGGAAAAAAAGAAAAAAGAGAAAGGCCCUAGAAACUGAAAUCAGGAAAAUGUGUAUUUGUAUUUUAACUAUUUACAUGUACUGUUCUGUGUUCAGAGAUUAAAGAACAUACCCACAAUCUCACAUAGAGAAAGGGAACUGUACAAAGACUCGUCAUCUUCAUCGACUUCCCUCCCGCCUCUCCUCUCUCACAUCCCAGGUAUUAAAGAAAAAAAAAGAAAAACAUCCCCGUAUCCUUCCUCCCUCUACUCCAACUGGACGACUCCAGCUGAACUGCUGUCUGAUUCAUUAAAUUCCCCAACCAGAAACUUUUUCUUCUGUGUUUUCAGUUUGAGUUUUACUGAGAAAUUCAUCAUCUCUGUUGAGAGUUUUUUGCCGUGGAAUGCAUCCCUCGGGUUUUUCUUCUUUCUUUUUUUUGGGGUGGUGUUUUGUUUCAAUAUGACAUUUGCUCUUAAAGUUAAAGUUUUGAAGUUAAGCCACGCAAUAUCGCUCGUAUUUGUCUGCUUUUCUUUCUACCACUAAGUAGGGCUGGGUAUCAAACCUCAGACUCCUUCAGUACCGCCAGAAAUGUGUCACAGCAGCAGGUAGCGUUGUCAGAUUCAUUCGAUCAAAUAGGCCCCAGAUUUAAAUCACAUGCUGCUGACGUUAGCGCUUGUACUGCUGCUUGUUUUCAGGCGACAUUUAACAUUUAACAUUUAACUUUGGCUUCUUUUUGUUCAUGUAAAAAAGGAGGAAAAACAUUCAUAUCUCUCAAAGUAAGGUACUGAAAUAACUGGUGCUCAGGUAUCGCAUCAGGACUAUUAUAGAAAAAUUUAAAAACAAUACCCAGCCCUGCGACUAAACACCCAAAGACGACCAUGUUCAGUUUUAGUUAUUAUCAUUAUUAUUACCUAAUCUUUGGAUGGAUUUAACGAAGCUGAGUGUAAUAGCACAUCCCCUAUGCAAAGUAUUAGUAGUGAUCAAUGCAGACUUUCAAACAUGCACACAUGGGAUUUCUGAUUGGUAUUUGUUUAACCACAAUUAUGUCCACAAAAGUCAGAUGUUACAUGAGGCUGCUGCAGGGGAUUUCUCCUUGUUUGUUUGAUGGAUCUAAUCUUUUUUUUUUUUUUUUUUUUUUUUUUUUGUUAAUGUCUGUGUAACUGCAACUUCAGACACUUAAGCAGCGCAGGCAAAACUCUUCUUUCAGUGCAAGCAGUCAGACGGGAAAUGGUUUUUGUUUUUUGUUUUGUUUUUGUUUUGUUUUUUUGUUAAAAACGUGAUGAUGACAGUUUUGAAACAUUCCAGUACAUUUCUUGUUGAAGACGAGCAGAGCUGCUUGUCCAGAUGUGUCAGUAAGCGGUACAGCUUCCAACAAUAUGGUGCAAUUUUUUAAUUAUUAUCGUUGUUAUGGGGAAUUGUUGUUAUUAUAAGUAUGGUUAUUGUUAUUAUUGUUC